AAGACAUUGCGUUCGAUAACUUCUUCCAUAGUUCUAGGAUGAUUCUUGCGGAUUUGGUAGCCACCGAUUCUUCUUCCCCGAUCGUGCAACCUAGGUUUCGCCGCCGCCGGCCGCCGGUGACCGGGAAGUUGGGGUUACACGGGGUUUCCGAUUGGGUUUGGAACAAUUGGAAAAAUUGCGUCUUUGAGCCUCUGAGAUGAUGGAUUGCAAUGCCUAUGUCUUCUAGCAGCCCUCUUUGGGGCUUUCUUGCGGGGGUUUCGUGGAAGUGGCAAUCGAGUAUGGAGUGCAACAAAGAUGACGCGGUCCGAUCAAAGGAGAUCGCUGAAAGGAAAUUCAGGGAGAAUGAUAUUGUGGGUGCAGAGAAGUUUGCCCUGAAAGCAAAGGCUCUUUGUAAGCCGCUUGAGGGCAUUGAUCAGAUGAUUUUAACCUUGGAUGUACACCUAAGGGCACAGACAAAGAUUGGAGGGGAGAAUGACUGGUAUGGAAUCUUAGAAGUAUCUCCCUUGGCUGAUUAUGAGGCAAUCAAGAAGCAAUACAAGAAGUUGGCCCUCCAAACUCAUCCUGACAAGAAUAGCUCUAUUUGUGCUGAUGGUGCCUUUAACCUCAUCUCAGAUGCUUGGAGUGUGUUGUCCGAUGCUACCAAGAGGAUGGCAUAUGACCAGAAGAGGCAUGUGUGUGGUCCGCAGGUGCAUCAGAAUAACUACAAAGCAAAUGCUAAUAACACUUCCGGUUCAUCUAUGUCAAGUAUGAAUGGUUCCUGGUGCCAAAACUCUGGUCCAGAUAGAUCUAGAAAGGCGGUCCCCCACCUAGUGCCAGACACAUUCUGGACAUACUGUGGUUCAUGUUUUAUGAGCUUUCAGUACUCCAGGGAAUAUGCCAACCGGCAUCUGAAGUGUCCGGUGUGUCAUGCGGUGUUUGUUGCUGUUGAAGUUCCGCCUCCAAGUUCUCCGGUUUAUCCUACUGGGCCAAAGCCAAUGGCUACUAACAAUAACUUGGGUGCCACAAUAAUUCCUGACAUGGCAACACCAGGAACACAGGCUGGAGUGGCACUUGGCAAUCAGAAUUACGAUCCAACAGUCCUGCAGCAGUGGUCUUUCCUCAAAUCUACAACUCGUGCACAUAGUACUAGAUGUACAGUUCAACAAGCGCAUGAGAGUGUUAGAAAAGAGGAGGCAGGCGAAGCUAAUACAGCUACAAAUGAAGAAGCCAAUAUUCGCAGAAAGGUUAUGCAGGCCGCAAGGAAACAUGCACAUGCAGAUUCUUUCCUAGGACGAGCAAAUGCAGCAACAAGGGAACAUGAAGCUGCAAAGAGAAGAUGCGUCAAUGAUGGCAAUCAAGCAACCUGGCAGUCAGCAAGCUCUUGCCCUGAUGGUGAUGCACGCAAACCAAUGCGCCCAGCAAAAAGAAGGCCUCGUUCUACAAGUGAAACAUCAGGAGCCAAGAAACGCAAAGUGUCUUCUGGUGAUCUUAACUGUGAAUCUUCUGGUAAUGCUGGACGGACCAGCUUGGGAAGGGUGCUCAUGCAGUUGGACAUCCGUCGCAUGCUAAUAAAAAAUACAAAACUUCAACUUCAGGAUAAAUUAGAAGAGUUCAAUAGCAAGAAGGCCAAUGUGAAAAAUGAAGAAAAGAUGCAGACUAGUAAGAAAAGCAGCACAAGGAUUUCAUGCAGCACAGCAAUUGAUGUCAAUGAAACUGAGAUGAAGCAAAGCAGCAAUUCAGUUCAUCCAAAAGAAGAUAAUGUAAUCGAGCUGGUUAGCAUAAGAGUUCAUUCAGAAGAAAAGGAGAGGGCACAGUGCGUUAAACAGGUUGGUUUAGAAGAAAGGUUCAGGUCAUGGCAGUGGGGAAAACCUGAAGUACGCAUAGUAUACACGAGGAGAAACCGCAAGGAACACAAGAAAGAACUAGGGGAUGGUGCAAUUGGUGCUAAUUCGGCAAGACAGCACCAUUUGGCUGACAAAUAUAGCUGUUUGAACCAGAAAUCGUCAUCCGAUGAAGGCUCUUGCGAAAUGCCUGUCCCUGAUGCAGAUUUCUACAAUUUUGGUGAUCAUUCUGAAAUUUCUUUUCAAAGUGAUCAAGUAUGGGCCAUGUAUGAUGAAGAAGAUGGUAUGCCACGUUACUAUGCUUUGAUUAGAAAAGUCCUCUCCACUCACCCUUUCAAAGUUAGACUGGCUUACCUCAAAGCAAAUGACUGCAAUGAAUUUGGAACUUCCAGUUGGAUCUCAUAUGGAUACUCCAAGACCUGUGGUGAGUUCAAGGCUGGUGAUUCCGAAGAUACUGACCAACUGAAUAUAUUCUCACAUAAGGUCAAGUGUGAGAAAGGUCCAGGUGGCAUCAUCAGAAUUUUUCCUAAAAGAGGUGAUAUCUGGGCUCUAUACCAGAACUGGUCUCCUGACUGGGAUGAAUUUACACCUGAUGAUACAAUGUACAAGUAUGAACUGGUAGAGGUUCUUGAUAGCUACAACCCAACCAAAGGCAUUUCUGUAAUGCCUAUUGUGAAAAUCCCUGGGUUUGUGUCAGUGUUUAAGCCCCUUCAUGACGCAACAAAAAGCUGGAGGAUUCCAAAGGAGGAGAUGCUGCGGUUCUCUCACCAAGUGCCAUUCCAUGUCCUUACUGGAGACGAAGCUCAUAGUGCUCCCAAGGGGUGCUAUGAACUGGAUCCAGGCUCAACUCCGAAGGAACUUCUUCAGGCUGUUCCGCCGUCUGAUGAUGCUAAAUAAGUUUGCACUUGAAGCUGGUGCUUGCUCUAAACUUUUUUCUUCUUCGAACCUGGCAUUAGUUGGGUAAUGCUGGUUCUUUAGAAAUGUACAUUAUAUACCUCAUGUUGUGCUGUGAUGUAGCAGCUUCCUGUCAAAGAAGUUGCAGACUUAAAUGUCAUGUACAAUGUGCUCAGUUCUCAUUCUCGAUGGUUGCAUCAAGAGAUAUAGAAAUCCAUGACAAAUAUGCCUUCUGCACACUAUUGCGCCUCAGUUUGUGUUUUUUCCCACCAUACAUCUC